GACCGUGUCUUCAUCAUCAUCAGCAGUAACAGUAUCGUCGGCAGGAGAAUCCGCGGCAGGAUGACCACCAAGACGUGGAACUUAUUUUGGGGGUCAAAUUUUGUGAGGGCACCCCUGCAGAACGGAGUAGGUCGAUAUGUGCAACAGCUACAGAGGAUUACCUUCAAGUUUUGCAAGACACACGGAGGCAGCAAAGGCAUGAGGGAAUACAUAGAGAAGGAGCUGAUUGGGUUUGCUCGGGAGAACCCUGGUGUUGUGGUGUAUGUCAAGCCUCGUCGCCACCGCUCCCCGUGCCUCAAGGCUGAGUACUUAAAUGGUGGUGAGGAGUACAUCUCAACCCAUGUGAACACUUGUGAGGACAUCGUGAAAUGGGUGGAGUACCUGAGAGGCCGAUCUGGCUAUCCCGUUGAAAGGCUAAGGAAGUACCACCACACAGAUUAUCCUUCUAUCCAAGGCCCAUGGACCCCCUGGAUCCACCGCCACCCUGGCAUCAACAUCAAGGAGUACCCCUGUGAGGAACUGUCAGCUGUCCAACCAACCAAGAUCUCUGCCACCCAGAAGCUUCUGGAGCUGUAUGAGCAGCAAAAGCAGCAGCAGGAAGGAGUGGGGAGCACUACUUCAUGAUGCUGUCCUGCCCCUAAACUGCCUCUGAAACUUGGUUCCUGUAUAUAGUGUGUUAUGUUGUUAUUGUACAACUGUAGAUUAAAAUUAAACCAGUUAUAUUUCCCGUGUCA